AUGUCGUCUCAAGAUCCCCGCCGUGAGGGCGAAGAGGACGCAUAUGUGGGUGCUGAUGAGGCAGAGGAGGUUUUCAACCGUGAUGAGGAUCACCCGAUGGACUCCGAAGGCGAAGACGAGGACCAGCCUAUGACCUACGAGGAGGAGCUCACCUUCCAAAACGACUCCUCAGCACACUUCGACGCCCAUAAUGACUCGAUCUUCUGCGUUGCACAGCACCCAGUGCACAACAACAUCGUUCUAACCGGCGCUGGUGACGACGUCGCCUACAUAUUUGACUCCACACCCCCCGAGAAGCCCGUCCUCCCCCGGAGCUAUGAAUCGAACCCUCAACCGCGCGAGCGCGAGUCGCAGGCUACCCUGGCCAAGUUGGAUGGACACACUGAUACCAUUAACGCGGUGGCUUUCACCGAGCCCGCGGGUGAAUAUGCCGUGACAGCGGGUCUGGAUGGCAAGCUUCGCGUGUGGAAGGAUACCUCGGCCAGGAACCGGGGAGAAGCCUGGGAGUUUGUGGCCGAGGCCCAGGAGGUGGAGGAGAUCAACUGGGUUGCCGUUUGCCCCUUUCAGCAGGGUAAUGAGGAGAAGCGCAACGUCAUUGCCAUUGGCGCCAACGAUGGCAGUACUUGGGUGUUCCGCAUCGAUGCUACGGAUUCGCAGCCCAUUUCCAUGGUUCAGACUUUCUUCCAGCAUACCGCGUCCUGCACUGCUGGUGCAUGGACAGCGGAUGGUAACCUGCUAGCCACCGUCUCUGAGGAUGGUAGUCUCUAUGUUUACGAUGUCUUCGGAGCCGCUGCAGCAGCUGGUAUCUAUGGAUCUCCCGGUACCAGCGUCGUUGUCGGUUUGACUGCAGAGGACCAGCGAUUCGCCGUGGAGGGAGGCUUGUACUCGAUCGCCAUCUCUCCUGGCGGCGGUAUCGUGGCCGUGGGUGGUGCCGAGGGUCACAUCAAGGUUGUUGGUCUUCCUCGACUCUCCGGUGGCCCUCAGGCUGCCAAGGGUAAGGGUGCCCAGUCAGCUACUACUUCUGCGGCUGGUACUAUCCUUGCCGAUCUUCAGGCGCAAUCUGAUGGCAUCGAGACUCUUUCCUUCUCGCAACCCCCGCUUACUCUUCUUGCCGCUGGCUCAGUUGAUGGCUCCAUUGCGUUGUACGAUGCUGCUCAUCGCUUCGCUGUCCGCCGCCACAUCCGGGAAGCUCAUGAAGGCGCUGCCGUCGUCAAGGUUGAGUUCUUGGCGAGCCGGGCGCCCACUGCGGCUCCCCGUCCUGGUCCCCUCGCGUCUGCUACUGCCGCGGGUCAAGGACGGUCGUAUCUACUUACCUCCGUCGGACUUGAUGGCGUUGUCCGGCGAUGGGAUGCCCGUGGUGGUACCACUGCCGCUGCUCAGGGUCUGUUGAAGGAGUGGCGGGGACAUAUGGGUGCUUCUGAGAACGAAGAAGGCGAACAGGCCGGUGGUAUUAUGGGUUUCGUCCAAGGAUUCGAUGGGAAGCGCAUUGUCACUGCUGGCGAUGAUGGCAUCUCAUUGGUGUUUGAGGAGGAAUAG